CUGAAACCCCAGAUGAGCAGCAAAUCGAACAAAUUCUCUCUCUCUCUCUCUCUCACUCACACACACACACACACAAAAUCUAAGGUGCAUCUCUCCACCACAAUCUCUGUGCCAGCACGGCCAUAUGUAGUACACAUCUAACACCUCUCAUACUUCUCAGUCGCAAUCACACACUCAGAUAUACAUACAAAACCCUCAAUCAAUCCUUAAUUUAAUGGAAACAAACCCCCGAUUUCAUACCCUCUGCUUCUUCUCCUCCUCCUCUCAUGGCUCUUCUCUUUCUCCCCCGUCUUUUUACCGUUUCAAUGUCCCCAAAACGAGCAUUUUUUGCGCCCAAAGCCCGGUUCCGAUUAUCUGCCUCCGCCGUCGAUGUGAGAGUGGAAUCCGGUGCGGCGGCUAGCAGCACUACAGCCAUUGUGUGGUACAAGCACGACCUUCGCGUCGAGGAUCACCCAGGGCUCGUGGCCGCCUCCCAGCAUCGCUGUGUUGUACCUCUUUAUGUCUUUGAUCGCCGUAUCCUGUCAAGAUUUUCAGAUGAAAUGCUAGAACUUCUCCUCUUUGCUUUGGAGGACUUAAGGAAGUUGCUAAAUGAACAAGGGUCCAAUCUAGUGAUCAAGUUUGGGAGGGCAGAAAAUGUCAUAGGCGACCUGGUCAAAGAGGUCCAGGCUAGCAGCAUUUUUGCAGAAGAGGAGGUGGAGUAUGAGCUACGCAUAAUGCUAGAUGUUGUUGAGGAGUCAUUAUCUACUUUAUCGUUGAGCGGAGAGAACACUAAAAUUCUGACAUGGAACACUCCAUUUUAUGAUGUUAAGAGUUUGGUGGAUCUGCCAUCAUCGUACAAUGACUUCACAAAGCUAAAUCCACCUGUUGUUCCUCCUAUUAUGCCCCCAAAGUUAUCUGGCAACUUGAUGAAUUUGUCCUGGGGUACUCUACCCACCCUGGCCGAUUUGAAAGAAUAUAGGGACGAUAUUUAUGGCUGGGGCUUUAAGAAGGAGGAAUGGACUUCAAUCAAAAGUUUAUCAGCUGAAAAUCUGCUUCAAAGAAAGAACCUAAGAGGAAAUGUUGAGCUAAAGCCACCCAAACUGGAAAAAGAGAAUCAGCGAGACUCAGGUAAGACCAGCCAAAGAAAGAAACCAGAAAAAUCAGCAUUUGUAACAAGCCAAGGGAGCUCUGUGGGAGGUGGAUCUAGUCUUGUUUUGAAUGCUUUGGCUGGAUACUUGCGUUACCUAGAAGGAACUGCUCGAGAUGAAUGGCAGGAGGUACACGAAAAACUACGUCUAUCUGAAAAACGUGAAGGAGCUUCAUUUCAAGCCCUUUUUGGUUCAGCCCUUCUUCUUGGCAUUAUUUCCAGAAGAAGAGUAUAUGACGAAGCUAUCAAGUAUGAGAAAGAAAGAAAUGGUGGAUUCUUAUCACCAUUUGGGUACUCUACGACCACAGUGGCUGCAGCAAUCAACACUGUGUCUUCCAUGGAGUGGUAUUGGCUUCUGAAUCUGAAAUGCCAAAAAACCAAGGCAUGCAAUUUCUCAAUUCGGAUAUGGCGAUGGAAUAAUUAUCUAAUCCAAUAUACAACUGCUGGUCAUGAAGGACCGGCCAUUCUUCUUGUACAUGGUUUCGGUGCUUUUCUGGAGCAUUACAGAGACAAUGUAUAUCCCAUGGCUGAAGCUGGAAAUAGAGUUUGGGCAAUCACGCUAGUUGGUUUUGGCAAAUCAGAAAAACCAAAUAUCAUAUACACUGAACUAGUUUGGGCCGAACUGCUCCGAGACUUUAUCAUUGAGGUGAUUGGGGAGCCUGCACAUCUUGUUGGGAACUCAAUUGGCGGAUAUUCUGUUGCUAUCGUUGCUGGUAUCUGGUCUUCAAUAGCCAAGUCUGUUGUCCUUAUGAACACUGCUGGCAACAUUAUUCCUGGAUAUUCUGCUUUGGGCUAUUCAGGAGAUAGGCGAACUUCAGGAGCAGUGUGGUUGGGUGCUAGACUCCUUUUGGUGUACUUGAGAUUCAAUAUCAGGAACAUAUUGAGGAGUUUUUAUCCAGCAAAAACCGAUAGAGCCGAUGAUCAGCUCAUAAAUGAGAUGAUUAGAGCUUCAUAUGAUCCUGGCGUGAUUUUUGUUUUAGAAAGCAUCUUCAGUUUUGAUCUUUCACUCGCUUUAAAUUAUCUUUUGGAGGGAUUUGAGAAGAAGAUACUUGUCAUACAGGGAAUGAAAGAUCCACUGUCUGACUCCAAGUCGAUGUUAGCUAUGUUUCAAGAGCACUGCAGAGGGAUAGCAAUAAAAGAAGUAAAUGCUGGGCACUGCCCUCACGACGAGCUGCCGAAUGAAGUGAAUUCGAUCAUCAAGGAAUGGGUGGCGACUCUUGAAAGUGAAGGGUCUCCUGUUGCUGUGAAACAGUUGAAGCAAUAAUGAAGCAGAACAUAAUUGAUCUGCAUAUUCAAUUCAAAUAUAGAACACAUUAAUUCAGGACAGUUAUACACAUUAUUCCAAGAUACAAAGUGACAGAAGCAGAAAUACCCAAAAAGGAUAUUCCUCAAACAAGUUAUAAUCCUAGCGACCGUGCCUCAAAUUUGCUGGUGAAACCAUCAUAAGUAUUGAGGCAAAGCCUUAAUGAUGUACAUAUUGCCUUUAUUAUAAAAACUAGAUUCCAAGUGUUUUGCUGCAGUUGUACUUUGAUAUAAAUUUAGAUACAAAGAAGACAAUAAGACAAACACACUCAAAUGCCUAA